AUGAUCAGCUUCCGAUCUGUAGCGACGGCUGUUCUCGCUGGCGCGGCCAUCUUUUCGUCCUCCACAACGGCCCAUUCUACUAAACGCAACGCCGUCAGCGCCGUCUCGAUUGUCACACAACCGGUCAUCGACACGCCCGCCCACAGGGUACACGCUCACUCUGAAUUUGAUAUCGUCUUCGACCUACGGCAGGAUGGUCUGGACCCUGUGCCUAUACGCCUGGCCCUCGAGCCAAAUCACGACAUCCUCCAUGACGACUUGACGAUAACGAGUCUGGACCCCGACGGCACGGUACGGGAAGUCGAGAGGGUGGACAGAAAAUCCCGGAAAGUUUUCAAGGGGCGCGCCUAUGCACAGAAACCGACCGGUUGGACACAGGCGGGGUGGGCUAGGAUCAUUGUGCACCGCGACGGCAAGAAGCCCCUGUUCGAGGGCGCCUUUCGAGUCUUUGGUGUCAGCCACCACAUCCAGCAGGACUCAAAGUACCGCAAGGUCAAGCAUGAAGAGGACCCAGAGGUUCCGGCGUCCCAAGAUGGCGAGGCCCUCAUGGUCGUGUAUCGCGACUCCGACAUUCGACCGUCCGAGUUGAAGCGAGACAGCCUCGCGUCUACCUGUGAUUCGGACAAUCUGGGGUUCAACACCCGGUACGAUCUGGAGAGACGGCAGCUGGAGCAGGAAAGUCCAAACCUCGCCAUGAUGCCGGCGAAGUCGCUGUUCGGUCGCCAAAUCGAUAAUGUCGGGGACGACAUGGGGGCCAACUACUAUCCCACCAUCGGGUCGACCAGCGGAUGCCCAGACACCCGCCAGGUCGCGCUCGUGGGCAUUGCCACCGACUGCAGCUACUGGGACGAAUUCGAUCGCGACCGCGAUGAGGUUGAGAAGAACGUCAUUGAUCUGGUGAACCGAGCCUCUGCCCUAUACGAAGACACCUUUAGCAUUUCGCUCGCGAUUCGGAAUCUCACCGUCAUCGAUCGUCCGUGUUCCCAGUCCGAGUCGGGUUCCGCGCCAUGGAACCUCGCCUGCAGCAACAGCGUCACGCUCGGCGACCGACUCAACCUCUUUUCGGGGUGGCGUGGCCAGAAUCUCGACAGCAACGCCUACUGGACGCUGCUCACCACCUGCAGUACCGACACCGCCGUCGGGCUCGCUUGGAGAGGGCAGCUCUGCCGGUCUGGCUCGUCCGAGGGCGUCGACGACCAGGGCGGGAACGAGACGGUGGCCGCGACCAACGUCGUCGUCCGGACGGCGCAGGAGUGGCAAAUCUUUGCGCACGAGACGGGCCACACGUUUGGCGCCGUCCACGACUGCACCAGUGAGGUCUGCCCCGUCAGCCGCGACUCGCAGUCGUGCUGCCCCUUUAGCUCCAGCACUUGCGAUGCCGGGGGCAGCUUCAUCAUGAACCCGUCGACCAACGAGCAGAUUGACGACUUUUCUCCCUGCAGCAUCGGCAACAUCUGCUCCGGCCUGCUGCGCAACGUCAAUGGCGAGUGCCUGACCAACAACCGCAACGUCGGGACCUUCACCGGCAGCCAGUGCGGCAAUGGCAUCGUCGAGGAAGGCGAGGACUGCGACUGCGGCGGCACCGAAGGCUGCGGCGAGAACAGCUGCUGCAACGGCGAGACGUGCGAGUUCCGAGACGGCGCCGUGUGCGACCCUGUCAACGAGGGCUGCUGCACCGACGAGUGCGCCUUCAAGUCGAGCGGCACCGUGUGUCGCGCGAGCACCGGCGACUGCGACCCGGAGGAGACGUGCUCCGGCGACAGCGGUCUCUGUCCCUCCAACGAGCAUCUCAACGACGGCGACUCGUGCGGCGACGGUCUAGAGUGUGCAUCCGGCCAGUGCACCAGCCGUGACAUGCAGUGCCGCGCCGUUGUGGGCGGGGGUAACCUGGGCAACGACAACAUCGAGGCCUGUGGCGGCACCGAUAGUUGCAUACUGACCUGUCGUGGGGCAUCCGACAGCAGUGUAUGCAGCAUGUACAAUACCUAUCUCCUCGACGGGACUUCCUGUUCAGGCGACGGCCACUGCAAGAACGGGAGCUGUGAAGGUGCCUCUGUCUGGGGUCGAAUCCAGGAGUGGUUCCGCAACAACAAGAACAUUGCCAUCCCCGUGUGCUGCGUCGUGGGCGGGCUCCUGCUCCUGUGCAUCGCCUGCUGCAUCUACAGUAGCUGUCGCCGGUGUCAGCGCCGCCGGACCAGGAAGCGUGCCAUGGCCAAGCGGCCGCCGCCACCACCGCCAGAGAUGGCGGGCGGGAACAGCACGCCGCCCGUGGGAGGGUACUGGCAGCCGGAGAACCGGAACGACCGCUUUCCCAGCAACCACCACGACCCGACGAGCCAGCCCUUCAACCCGAACCACUACGGCACGCACGACGGGCACAUUUACGAGGACAACACCAACAGUCCGUUGCAGAAUCGGCAAAUGAGCCACGACAACAAUUAUGAGAUGGGGCGAUGGCAGCGGACGGGGAGCACACGGUACGCGUAG